AGGCUGUCCCGGCCUGCAGGGGAGGGAGGCGGCCGCCGCGCGGGUCCCCCGGUAGCCCGCGCCCUGCCGCGCGGGAGUCUGAGCCCCGGGAGGUGGAUGGCACGCGGGGCGCGCGCAGCAUGCAGUCGCUCAACAUCACCCCGGAGCAGUUCUCCCGGCUGCUGCGGGACCACAACCCGACACGGGCGCAGUUCAUCGCGCUGUAUGGGCUGCGGCCGCUGGUCUACACCCCGCAGCUGCCUGGGCGCGCCAAGCUGGCCUUCGUGCUCACCGGCGUGCUCAUCUUCGUCCUGGCGCUCUUUGGCAACGCGCUGGUGGUCUACGUGGUGACCCUCAGCGAGGCCAUGCGCACCGUCACCAACAUCUUCACCUGCUCCUUGGCGCUCAGCGACCUGCCCAUCUCCUUCUGCAUCCCGGUCACUAUGCUCGAGAACAUCUUCAACAACUGGCUGGGGGCCAGUGACAAUGAUUACAUUUCAGCCCUCCUCGCCUUUCAACUUUCUUCAAGUUUCCAGUCUGUUCCUUUCUUCAUGGGUUAUCAGGUCAUCCAAGGCCAAGUACAGAAGACUUAACAUGGCAAUGGAACAGAAUGCAAAGCUAUCAGUCUUGAUAAAGUAAAUAUAAAGGUAUAGCUGAAAGAAGUUGGAAGGAAGAAGAGAGGAAGAAAAGGAGGAAGGAGGUGACAUGAGGAGGUGAGGUAUCAUCAUCUUACAAAGUGAGGGACAAGAUAAACUGUUGGAAGCUGAUAGACCAAGGAAAAGGGUGUUAAGUAUAUUACUUUAUGAGUCAAAGAUAGAGGAAACCACGUGCAAGAAUUUAGUAAACACACUUCUCUAAAGCUUUUCAAAGAAAUAAUUGAAGAAAUUGUUAUAACUAUAAGAAAACUAAAAGAUGUGGGGAGAAGCAGAGGUGGGAGGUAAUAAAAGUGAACUAAAAGCCUAUCUAUCCGAGAAGAAAGUCAAUAUAGACCAUCUAAAAUCAGUAAAUCAAGAAUAUAAAGCAACCUGUUUAGCAAUGUGACGGUACCUGGCAGAAGAAUUAAACACAAGUAGAUGUCGGGGAGUAGGACAGCAGGUGAGAGGAGGUGGGCAGAGACCCAUUCUUUUUUUAUCGUAGCCCUUCUGAUUUUGAAUGAUUUGCUCAUAAUUCUUUGAUUAAAAAGACAUUUUUAAAAGGAAGAGACAAAUUAAAUUUGUAACUGAAAAGCUGCCCCCCCCAAAAACAUCUCCUAGCCAGAUGGUUUCACUGGAGAGUGCUGCCAAACACUUAAAGAAGAAUUAACACUACUUUUACACAAACUCUUCCAGAAAAUAGAAGAGAAGGGAACACUUCCUAAACCACUUCAUGAGGCCAUUUUUACUCUGACAAAGUAGACAAAGACAGUACAAUAAAAAGAAAACUGCAAACCAAUGUCUCUCAACUGCAAACUUAGACAUAAAAAUUCUCAGUGUAUUAGCAGACGGAAUCCAACAAUGUAUAAAAAGGAUUAUACACAUGAUCAAGUGGGAUUUAUCCUAGGUAUGUAAGUCUGGCUCAAUAUUCAGAUAUCAAUGUAAAGGCUUCCCUGGUGGCGCAGUGGUUGAGAGCCCGCCUGUCGAUGCAGGGGACACGGGUUCGUGCCCCAGUCCGGGAAGAUCCCGCAUGCCAUGGAGCGGCUGGGCCCGUGAGCCAUGGCCACUGAGCUUGCGCGUCUGGAGCCUGUGGUCCGCAACGGGAGAGGCCACAACAGUGAGAG